UGUGAUCGGUGUGUAGUGUCCCCCCUCCCCCUUCUCCACCCAUGUGUACAGUGGAGAUGUCACAGCUGUGGACAUCAGGAGAGACGUGGCACCCUGACAGGGGACAGUAACAGUACGGAACUCACUGACAGCUAUGAGAAUCCUCUUCCUGGCCUGCCUGAGAGCACACACUGGAAAUUCCACCACUGCCCUCCGAAUCAAGAGUCAUCUUGAAGCUGCAGGACAUGAGUGUGAGCUCCGAGACGCCGCUGGUUUGGAGAGCACAUUAGAAGUGGCAAAACUUAUUUCCCAGAAAAAGUUUGAUGCUGGGCUGAUCAUCCAUUUGUACAAAGCAGGAAAAUUAUUGCUGGGAAAUAGAAUCCCUUAUGGGGCAGUAUUUGGUGGGACCGACAUCAAUGAAGAUGUGAAAAAUGAAGAGAAAUGCAGAGUUAUGGGAGCUGUACUUGAAGAGGCCAGAUUUGCUGUAGCGUUUACUCAUGAGAUUAAAGAAAUUGCAGCAAAACAUUGGCCACGAGCACUCUAUAAAAUACACAUCCAACCUCAAGGAAUAAUGACAAUGCCAAAUGCAUUUUUCAAUUGCGAAGCCUUUCUUCAAAAUGCAGGAAUUCAACAGAUUUCAGAAAAUUUGUAUAUUUUCCUCUUGAUAUGUGGACUCCGAAGAGUUAAAGAUCCCCUCUAUCUGGUUGAUACUUUUGCAGAGUGGCAUAAAAGGGAACCAAAUGUUCAUUUGGCUAUAAUUGGACCAAUGGUCGACCCACUCUUUACUAGUGAGGUCAAAGCCAAACUCAGAAAUGUUGAAGGAGUUUAUCUUGUUGAAGAAAUUCCGCAAGGAGAUCUGCAGGCCGUAAUAAAGAAAUGUUUUGCAGUAGUAAAUAGUUCAGUGUCCGAAGGAAUGUCAGCCGCAAUACUUGAGGCAAUGGAUCUUGAAAUUCCAGUACUGGCAAGGGAUAUUCCAGGCAACAGCGCAAUAGUAAAACAUGAAGGCACGGGUUUACUUUUUUCAACCCCCAAGGAAUUUGUCCAGCUGUCCAGAAGACUGAUGAAGGAACCAGAUCUUAAAAGGAAAAUUAUUUAUAAUGCCAAACAAUAUGUCUGCACUAACCAUUCCUGGGAACUUGAAAGAGAGACAUAUCAGACUCUUGUUCAAAAGCUGACUGGGCUGUGAUAUAGAAGAACUUGAUUGCAUAAUUAGUUCUGGACUUUAUCUUACUGUGGGAUGUUAAAGGGA